AUGGAGCCCGAAACCUUCGACGUUGUCGUUAUUGGGGCCGGCCUGACUGGAAUCAAUACUGCCUACCGGCUGCAGACCGAGUAUCCCGGCAUCCGCACCGACAGCCCCAUGGGCGUCUUUGGGUUCUCGUGGCGCCCCUGGCCGCACGAGACCAGCAUGGCGCCGGCGCCGGCCAUCAAGUCCUAUCUCGAGGAUUGCGCCGCCGCUGAGGGCAUCGACAAGAAGAUCCGGUUUCGCCACCGCGUCGUUUCUGCUAGCUGGAGCAGCGAGGAGCAGCGCUGGACGUUGCAGGUCGAGGUGACGGGCGAGGAUGGCAGCAUUGAGACGAAGAUCAUAAAGGCCUGGUGGAUCAUCAACGCCAGCGGCUAUUACAGCUACGAGCGGCCGCUGCCUGCCGUGAUCCCGGGGAUUGAGAGGUUCGGCGGAGAGGUCGUGCAUCCGCAGUUCUGGAACGAGAAAGUCAACCACGCCGGGAAGAAGAUCGUCAUCAUCGGCUCGGGCGCCACGGCCGUCACCCUCCUCCCCGCGCUCGCCAAGACGGCCGAAAGUGUGACGAUGCUGCAGCGCAGCCCCUCCUACAUCUUCAACCUGCCGGGGAAGGACACGACCGUCACCUUCCUGUCGCGGUUCAUGCCGCGGUCGUGGGCGGCGCAGAUCCACUGGUGGCAGGAGAUCUUCCUCGAGACGCUGCUCGUCACUUUCCUCACCACCUUCCCAACCCGCGGCCGGCGCCUCGUCAUCAACAACAUGCGCGACCAGCUGCCCGCAGGCUUCGACGUCGACAAGCACUUCAACCCGCGGUACAACCCCUUCGAGCAGCGCCUCUGCUUCUGCCCCAACGGCGACUUCUUCAAAGCCCUGCACGGCCCCAAACCCAAAGCCCAGGUCGUAACCGACACCAUCUCGACCGUCACGGAAACCGGCAUCCAACUCACAUCCGGCACCACCCUCGAAGCGGACAUGAUCGUGACGGCCACGGGCCUGUACUUCGCGCUCCUCUGCGGCAUCGCCGUCAGCGUCGACGGCACGUCCGUCUCCGACACGCUCGGCCAGCGCUACAUCUGGAACGGCUGCAUGCUCGAGGGCGUGCCCAACGCGGGGCUGAUCACGGGCUACACGGCCGCGACGUGGACCCCCGGCGCCGACGUGCGCGCGCGCCAGCUGAUCGCCGUGAUGCGCCACAUGGACGGGAGCGGGGCGACCGGCGCGCUGCCGUAUAUCGAUCCCGCUGAGCGCGCGACCAUGCCCGCGGCGCCGGCGGUCCAGUUGAGCUCCACUUAUAUGGUUUCGGCGCUGGAUCGUAUGCCCAAGGUUGGGGCGAAGGCGCCGUGGGUGAAUGGCGCGAAUUGGGCGGGGGAUGCGUGGCGGCUGCUGACGGGGAGCGUGACGCGCGGGAUUAGGUAUACCUCGGGGGGGAAGAAGGAUGUUUAG